AUGAGACCGGUUCUUGGGUUCAGUGGGGGUCAAGUUUGUCUCAGUUUUGGAGGAGGUAAGGCAUGCUGUCUUCCAAAUGCACCCAGACAAGUCACUUGGGCUGAUGGAUUGUCGCCUGCUUUCUAUCAGAAGUGUUGGCAUAUUGUGGGUAAGGAUGUUGUUAAGAUGGUUCAGGAUUUCUUCCGAUCUAAGUUCAUGCCUCGGGGUCUAAAUGCUACUAAUCUUGUUCUCAUUUCGAAGAACAAGUCUCCUUCUGUUAUGGGCGAUUUGAGGCCUAUUUCUCUUUGCAAUGUAUUAUAUAAAAUCAUUUCGAAAGUCAUGGCUAAUCGGCUCAAAAGCUUAUUAUCGAAGAUCAUCUCGGAGUUUCUGAGUGCGUUUAUUCCUGGGAGGCUCAUUACUGAUAAUGUUCUUGUUUUGUUUGAGAUAUUACAUUAUCUUAGGCGUAAGCAACAAGGGAAGAAUGAUUGUGUAGCUCUAAAACUUGAUAUGAGUAAGGCAUACGAUAGGAUGGAAUGGUCUUUCUUACAAGCUAUUUUAGUAUGGAUGGGCUUUGCGAAGGCUUGGGUUGACAUGAUCAUGGAAUGUCUUCGAACAAUUUCGUAUAAUAUUGUUCAUGGUGGAGAAAGUUUGGGUUCUAUUAUCCCAUCUCAGGGAAUUCGUCAGGGAGAUCCGCUGUCGCCGUAUCUGUUUAUCAUCUGUGCGGAAGGUUUGUUUGCUCUUAUUCGGUUGUAUGAAGAGAGGAAGUGGCUUCAUGGUUGUCGGGUGGCUAGGGGGCUCCUUGUGUUUCUCAUAUGUUGUUUGCUGAUGACAGCUUUCUCUAUUGUAAGUUCUAAUAUCGAUGCCGGGACUCGUGAUUCUAUUUUGUCUACUCUUCAUAUGAGGGCGGCAGAUGAUCAUAAUUUUUAUCUUAAGUUGCCUAGUAAGGUGGAAAGGAAUAAGAAUGUCACUUUCAGCUUUCUAAAAAAGAAGGUGAGGAAAAGAAUUCACAAGUGGGAUAGUAAGCUCUUGUCUAGAGCGGGGAAGGAAGUGCUUUUGAAAUCGGUUAUUCAAUCUUUACCGACUUAUGCAAUGAGUGUUUUCUUGAUCCUGUUGGAGAUUUGUAAAGAUGUGGAUCAGCUUAUGGGUAGAUAUUGGUGGCAUACGAAGUCUUCACAUGGCCAAGGUAUUCACUGGAGGAGUUGGGAUAAGCUGUGCUUGCAUAAGCACCAAGGGGGGUUGGGUUUUCGAAAUCUUAGAGAUUUUAAUUUAGCUAUGUUAGGUAAGCAAGGUUGGAGGCUUUUGACGAAUAAUAGUUCCUUAGUGGCUCGGGUUUUUAAAGCCAGGUAUUACCCCCAAUCUUUGUUUCUUGAUGCUGAAUUAGGUGUUAAUCCAAGCUACGUGUGGCAGAGUGUUCUAGAGGCAAAAUUUGUGGUUAAGACAGGUGCGAGAUGGCGUGUGGGAGUCGAUUUUUCUAUACCGGUUCUUAAUCAACCAUGGCUUCCUUGCAAGGAAGAUCCGUAUGUUACCUAUUCUCAUGUGGCUCUCCAUGACUGUAAGGUCAAUAAUUUAUUAAAAGUGGACUCUCUUGAGUGGGAUGAGGAAGUUCUUCACGAUUUAUUUGUUCAAAGGGAUAUUGAUUUGAUCCGUUGUAUUCCGUUGUCUCCGUCUUCGGUUGAGGAUGCUUGGUUUUGGAUGCUGGAGACUCAUGGGGAUUAUUCUGUCAAAAGUGCUUAUCGCGCCUUACAAGUAAGCAAUGGUAGGUGGAAUACGCAAGACAAUUCGGGUUUUUGGAGGAUGUUUUGGAACUUGAAAUUGCCUCCUAAGGUGAAGAAUUUUCUUUGGCGGGGUCUUACUAAUUGUCUCCCUACUCUUGUGUCUCUGCGGUCUAAAAGGGUCCACGUGAGCGGAUUGUGUUCGAUGUGUAAUCGGGAGGAUGAGACAAUUUUUUAUAUAAUGGUUAGCUGCGCUUUUACUAAGAGUUGUCUGGACAAGGGACUGGGAGGGGCGGUUGGAGGGGGUGAAGCUGCUGUGUUUGGCAGCUGGUUUGAUAAUAAGAAUGCUCAGCUGGAAAGUAGUGUUGUGUUGCCAAUUUGUGGUCCGAAUACUUCUGGGUGUGAGCAAUGGCCUAAAUCUUAUUUUGGUGAGAUUGAGGUUAAUUGUGAUACUACUGUCUUCGAGGAUGACAAUAAUCUCGGUUUGGGGUGGAUUGCUCGGGAUCAUAAUGGUUUAUUCAUUGAUGCGUUGGCGGUUAAAACUUAUGGUCAACCCGACCUGUUUUUGGCUGAAGCUAUGGCGUUGAAGGAGGCGCUCAGUUGGGUGAAGGGAAGGUGGAUUGAAGGGAGUGUGCCUGCUAAUGUGAACCAGGCGGCUAACUCUUUAGCUCGUUCUUCUGAUUCUAUUUCUGGCUGUGUUUCUCGCGGGGGUUUUGUCCCUGCUGUUUUUCUGCUUCGAGUCUUGUCUUUUGGCAUGGGUUGUGUAGCUCGGAAUCAUCAUGGUGCUAUGGUAGAAGCAUUCAAGAAGGGAAAGAUUGGAUACGUUCAACCCGAAAUUGCUGAGAUAAUAGGCAUUAAAGAAGCCUUGAGUUGGAUUGCAACUCACUCGUGGGAUAGAGUCAUGUUGGAAACAGAUAGCUUGGUGUGUGUCCAAGCGAUUCAGAGCGGUAUUUUUAUGCCUUCACAGUUUGGUCUUAUUGCUCAAUAUGUUCGAAAUUUGCUUUUGACUUUAUCUUUUGUUGAUUUGUGUUUUGUAAAACGAUCCGCAAGUAAGUUGAUUCAUUGCUUGGUAAGAGACUCUUAUUUCUCUACAGGUCGCGUGUGCGUUCUAUUGUUUUGA